AUGGCUGAGCAUGGUGAUGAGCACACGGUGCGCAUGAAGAUCACAGUGAAGGAAUCUACGAUGGUUAAGCCAAUGAAAGAAACGCCGACUGAAACUCUGUGGCUAUCCAACUUAGACUUAAUUUAUACUCCGAAUUACCACAGCCGUUUGGUGAACUUCUACCGCAACGACGCCGGCGCCGCCGACUUCUUCGAUGCGGCGGUGAUGAAGGCGGCCCUGAGCAAGGCCCUGGUCGAGUUCUACCCGAUUGCGGGGAGGUUGGAAAGGGGAGACGACGGCCACAUUGUGAUCAACUGCAACGGGGAAGGAGUGCAGUUCGUGGAAGCGGAGUGCGAUGGCGCCAUGGAUGAGCUGUGUAGUUUCAGCCCGAGCCCCGACAUCAGCCUCGUCCCCGCUGUCGAUUACUCUAAGGAUAUUUCAACUAUCCCGCUUUUUCUAUUGCAGUUAACUCGGUUUAAAUGCGGUGGAGUGAGCUUUAGUUUUUCAAACGAGCAUCAUCUAUCCGACGGCAUUGCCUCUCACCAUUUCGUCAACGUGUGGUCGGAAAUCAUCCGUGGCCGAAUCACCGCCCCUACCGCCCCUCCUUUGUUGGACCGCCGUGUCCUGUCCGCCCGCAACCCUCCACAGCCGACAUUCCCCCAUAUCGAGCACCAACCCCCUCAAUCGCUCAAAAUCCCUCUCAGUGUCUCCGGCGACACCACAUUCUCAACAUUUCGUCUGUCCCCCCAUCAGAUCAACGCCCUCAAGCAACAAUGUGUAGACGACAAAAUUAGAUACUCCACCUUCCAGGUGCUCACAGGCCAUGUCUGGCGCUGCGCCAGCAUAGCACGUGGGCUGGCCGAAGACCAGGAAACGAGGCUGCGGUUCUCCGUGGACGGGCGGCAGAAGCUACGGCCGCCCCUCCCAGAGAGCUAUCUUGGCAACGGAAUCUUCUACACCGUAGCCUCAGCUCUGUGCGGCCAACUGAAAUCGAAUCCACUGAAGUUCGCGGUGGGAAAAGUGAGGGAGGCGAUCGACCGGAUAGACAACGACUACAUGGGGUCAGCUCUGGAUUACAUGGAGUUGCAUCAACGCAUUGGCAAGGGCGUUUUGCUUAGGAAGGGGAAUCUGAAUUGCCCUAAUUUGGGCAUAACCAACUGGAUUAGACUGCCGUUUAAUAAAAUGGAUUUCGGGUGGGGGAAGCCGGUUUAUACCGGCCCGGGCGCUGCGGUGAUUGAAGGGAGGAGUUAUCUGUUUGCUGAUCUCGGAAACGAAGGCUGCAUUAUGCUUGCGAUCUCCCUCUACAGCGAGCAUAUGGAGCGGUUUGAGAAGCUGUUUCAUCAUGUUGUUAUUCAAAAUAGUGUGCACAAUUAGAGAGCCAAGUGUGCGAGUGUGUACGAGAGUUAAUUUGUCAGUGUGUUCUCAAAGAGUG